ACUUGAGUCCAGGAGUUCAAGGCCAGCCUACACAACCAACUUAGUGAAUGUCAAAACAAACAAACAAACAAAAAACAAAAGGAAAGGAAAAAGGAAGGGCAUCCCAGGGAGGCACAACACAGCUACAAAGAAUAUAGUCAGAUGUAAACCAAGUUGGCAAAAGCAAAGAGUUAAUUUAGAAAGGAAGAGGUUUUAUCAGAAUGUCAGCAUCACACAGGGUGAAGGUGGCUUUGAGAUAAAUCUGGACCACAGGAAGCUGAAAACUCCCCAAGCCAAGCUCUUUACGGUCCCCAAUGAGGCCUUGGCUAUCGCAGUGGCCACCGAAUGGGACUCCCAGCAGGAUACCAUCAAGUUCUACACCAUGCACCUGGUAACAAGUUCACAGCACCAGCUUACACCCUGACACCUGUGAGGGGCUUCCAGACUACCUGGCAAAAUUUAGACCCCUUUUCAAAUUGUGACAUGUCCCUGGGGAUAGGCCUCCGUGGGCCUGGGCUGUCACCACAAUCACCUUCUCUCAGUCAUUGAAUAGGCCAACCUCUUUCUCUAUCUGGCUUGGGCAACUGCGGUUCCCUCUGUUUGGAACAGCAUGCUAGGUGGCCUGUUCCUCCUCUGUUCAGGACAGAUGUCACCUUUGCUGACUGUCCAGCUCUCUUAUUUUUGAUUCUAGCAGCUGGCCAUUUAUUACAGCAGCUGGCCAUUUGUUUCAUCAGCACUUAGUGUGUAAUGAUCUGCUUUAUGUUUGCAUGUUUAUUGUCUCUCUCUUCUGCUGCACGUCUGCAGGGGCCAUGUCUCUUUUAUUCACGAGCUCCAACAGGAAGUUUAGAUGGUACCAAAAAAUAUUGGUUGGGUGCAGGAAUCACCAAGGCAGGUAGGUAAGACGAGGAAGACUCUGUGUAGAGAUGGAUCACUGAGGCACAAGGGUGGCAGAGGAGGGAACAGGGUCUGCCAGACUCAUUAGGUUCAGCCUCUGUAGCCCCCACAUUGUGACCUUGGGCACCAUGUCCCGCAUCUGUAAAAGAUGAGUGAUAAAAGAACCCACCCCAGAAUUGUGGGCUGGAUUGUGAUGAGAUAACACAUAGAAAACACUUAGCAUGGUCCCUGAAGUAGGGCAGGCACUCAGUCAAUAUGAGUUAGUUGUUCUCAUCGUGGUCAUUGUUUGCUUGACAUACAAACCCAGGGGGCUUCCCCACAACAUCACAGCCCUCUGAGUUAGCACCUGCUCUCUGGCUGUCUGAUGAAAUGAGGGUGUUAGGGCUACAAACAAAUAGUUUGAGAAACUUAAGAAACCUAUUGUUGGGGCUGGGGAUGUGGUUCAAGCGGUAGUGCCUGGCAUGCGUGCGGCCUGGGUUCGAUCCUCAGCACCACAUACAAACAAAGAUGUUGUGUCUGCCAAAAACUAAAAAAUAAAUAUUAAAAUUCUCAAAAAAAAUUAAAAAAAAAAGAAACCUAUUGUUGGUAAGGCAAACCUGGCAUAAUAAUCUUGAUCCCCGUUUGGAUAAUUUUUUUUUCUUUCUAAGGUGUUAUGGGAGCCAUCUGGUAAAGGCUUUGAGUUUCCUGAUUGUUUACAUGUCUUAUUUAUUUUGUAUCUGAGGAUGUAUUUCACCUCUCUUUGCCUCAGUUUUCACAUCUUUAAACUGGGUAUAAUAGUACCUGCUCCAAAUUGUUAUUGUGAGGAUGAAGUUAAACAUAGCAGAGCCUGGCAAUAAAGAGCAGGAGACCUGGGAGACAUUCCCUAAUCCAGGGCUAUGAGAGUCCCAUGAGUCCCUUUGAGCACACACAUAGCUUUAAGCAUGGGUCCUGGCUCCUGGAUGCUCUCUGUGAAUAUGCUGCUGCCAGGCCUCUGAAAACACUUGGGGUUGAGAACACUUUGGUUCUCACUCUGCUGCAUCAGAUGGAGUGUCCUCAGGAGAGCAGAGCUUUUGUCUGGGACUGGCAGGUGGUGAUGGGGCACUUUCUGCUUUUGAUUCAGACCACAUUGUGCAACACAUCCUUGGACAACCCAACCCAACGCAACAAGGAUCAGCUGAUCCAGGCAGCUGUGAAGUUUCUGGACACUGACACCCUCUGCUACAGAGUGGAAGAGCCAGAGACAUUAGUGGAACUUCAAAAGAAUGAGUGGGAUCCAAUCAUAGAAUGGGCCGAGAAAAGAUAUGGUGUGAAGAUUGGCUCCUCCACCAGCAUAAUGGGACCUAGCAUCCCUGCACAGACUCGGGAGGUGCUCACCAGCCACCUGGCAUCUUACAACAUGUGGGCCUUACAAGGGAUUGAGUUUGUAGUGGCCCAACUCAAGUCCAUGGUACUGACCUUGGGUCUGAUUGACCUACACCUGACUGUGGAGCAGGCUGUGCUGCUGUCACGCCUAGAGGAGGAAUACCAGAUCCAGAAAUGGGGCAAUGUUGAGUGGGCCCAUGAUUACGAGCUGCAGGAACUGAGGGCCCGUACUGCUGCUGGCACCCUCUUCGUCCACCUCUGCUCCGAGAGCUCCACGGUCAAGCACAAGCUCCUGCAGGAGUGAGGCCUGGACUACUGGAGGGAGCCUGCCGUGUUCACAUUUCCCCCAUCCUGGGACAUCUCGGACCACACCUGCAGGCUCCCCUCACCUUUGGGGCUUAACCUUGCUCAGCACCACCCUGAGAUGUCCCCGAGACACACAGUGAUUGUCUGAAGGUCAGCCUGAUUGCAACCUGGGGGCCCCUGACCUGGCCAGGCGUGAGUGAGGGGGAUGAAUUGUACAAAUGACUUUCUCUUGAUCCUGAUUUUAUUAAAAAAUUUCUUCACCCAUUUUCA